UGCGCACCAGGGGCGCGCGCAAGGGGCUGGUUUGGUGAUCCCUUUAAGAAACCGCAGGCGGAGGAAUUUCUCUGAGAGAAAAUAAUCCUACUCACGGGGCCCCUUGGAGGCCAUUAACCCCCCGAGUCCCGGCCCCCCUUUUUCUCGGGCAGGCCCUACCGCCCACGCGCGCACUGGUGGGCUCUCCGGACCUGCGGCCCGGCGCGCAGUAUCCGCCCCCUCCCCACUCUCAGCUCAAGGCCCGGCCGGGUUUGGGGGAGCUGCCGCGAGGCGGCCGUGCCUGCAGUGUGGGCGGGGGCCGGGGGCCCGAGAGGUACCGCCGCCACCGCGCCAGGAGCCGCAGCGGUUCCGAGCGGGGCCCAACAUGGCGGAGAGAGAGGUGGAGUCCGGCCCCCGAAAGAGGGUAGGUGAGUUUGAACAGAAAAGUGGUGCAGUUUUUGAUGAAAUUGUAGAGAACUGUGGUGGUAUCAUGGAUACAGAAAUGUCUGAAGAUAUAGACCACAACUUAACUCCUACCCUUGACAGCAUGUCUUAUGGAAUGCCGAAUCAAACAGGAUCUGAAAAUUCAUUGCUGGAUGAAGAUGAUUAUUUUUUGAACUCUGGGGAUCUUGCAGGAAUUCCAGUCGUUGGUAGUGACAAUGAGGAUGAACAGGAUUUUAGUUCAAAGGACAAUCUUGUUUCUUCAAUUCAUACUGAUGAUAGCUUGGAAGUAGAGAGAAGUGUCACACAGCAUGAAUCAGACAAUGAAAAUGAAGUACAAAUUCAAAAUAAAUUAAAAAAAGACUUUCCUAAACAGUUUGAUCAGGUUUCUGUCUUUAAAUCGAUACGGAAAGAUUUUAGUCUAGUGAGAGAAAACAGCAAAGAGACAUUUUCUGGAAAGGACAAAAAUAGAGACCUAACUUAUCAUGAACGUGAAAAACGAUUGGAUAAACCCCAUAAAGAUUUGGAUUCAAGGUUGAAAAGCAAUUUUUUUGAUAAAGCAGCUAAUCAAGUUGAAGAAACAUUACAUACCCAUUUACCACAAACCCCAGAAACAAACUUUAGGGAUUCCAGCUACCCAUUUGCCAAUAAAGAUUCCAUUGGUUCGGAACUGGGGAAUUCCUUUGCAUCAAAUAUUAGAAUUAAAGAAGAACCUUUGGAUGAUGAGUAUGACAAAGCAAUGGCACCACAGCAGGGACUACUAGACAAAAUUAAAGAUGAACCUGACAAUGCUCAAGAGUAUAGUCAUGGCCAACAGCAAAAAACUCAAGAGGGGGAACUGAAAAUUAGUGCUGUGUUUUCAGUCAGUGGCAGCCCUCUUGCUCCACAGUUGACUACUGGCUUUCAGCCCUCACUGGCAUCAUCUGGCAUGAAUAAAAUGCUUCCUUCAGUUCCAGCCACUGCUGUUCGAGUUUCCUGUUCUGGUUGUAAAAAAAUCCUACAAAAGGGGCAAACUGCUUAUCAGAGGAAAGGGUCUACUCAGCUGUUCUGCUCUACACUGUGCCUCACUGGAUAUACAGUUCCGUCUGCCCGCCCACCACCUCCUCUCACCAAGAAAACUUGUUCAAGUUGCUCAAAAGACAUUUUAAAUCCAAAGGAUGUGAUCAGUGCCCAGUUUGAAAAUACUACCACUAGUAAAGAUUUUUGCAGUCAGUCAUGUUUGUCAACGUAUGAACUGAAAAAAAAGCCUAUUGUUACCAUAAAUACGAAUAGCAUUUCAACCAAAUGCAGCAUGUGUCAGAAGAAUGCUGUUAUUCGACAUGAAGUUAAUUACCAGAAUGUGGUACAUAAACUUUGCAGUGAUGCCUGCUUCUCUAAGUUUCGUUCUGCUAACAACCUCACCAUGAACUGUUGUGAGAACUGUGGGGGUUAUUGUUAUAGUGGUUCUGGACAAUGCCACAUGCUUCAGAUAGAGGGACAGUCUAAGAAGUUUUGUAGUUCAACAUGUAUCACAGCAUACAAGCAGAAAUCAGCCAAAAUUACACCAUGUGCGCUUUGCAAAUCAUUGAGAUCCUCAGCAGAAAUGAUUGAAAAUACCAAUAGCUUGGGGAAAACAGAGCUUUUCUGUUCUGUUAAUUGUUUAUCCGCUUACAGAGUUAAAAUGGUUACUUCUGCAGGUGUACAAGUUCAGUGUAACAGUUGUAAAACCUCAGCAAUCCCUCAGUAUCACCUAGCCAUGUCAGAUGGAAGUAUACGCAACUUCUGCAGCUACAGUUGUGUAGUAGCUUUCCAGAAUUUAUUCAGCAAACCAACCGGAAUGAAUUCUUCAGUAGUGCCCCUGUCUCAGGGCCAAGUAAUUGUAAGCAUCCCCACAGGUUCAACGGUAUCAGCAGGAGGAGGCAAUACCUCUGCUGUUUCUCCCACUUCUAUCAGUAGCUCUGCUGCAGCUGGUCUCCAGCGCCUUGCAGCCCAGUCCCAGCAUGUUGGGUUUGCACGAAGUGUGGUAAAAAUCAAGUGUCAACACUGUAACCGUCUUUUUGCCACAAAACCAGAACUUCUUGACUAUAAGGGUAAAAUGUUUCAGUUCUGUGGCAAGAAUUGUUCUGACGAAUAUAAGAAAAUAAAUAAUGUAAUGGCAAUGUGUGAAUAUUGUAAAAUUGAGAAAAUUGUAAAGGAGACUGUGCGAUUCUCAGGUGCUGACAAGUCAUUCUGUAGUGAAGGUUGCAAAUUGCUUUAUAAACAUGAGUUGGUAAAACACUGGGGAAAUCACUGUAAAAUGUGCAGUUAUUGUUUACAGACAUCUCCCAAAUUGGUACAGAACAAUUUGGGGGGGAAGGUGGAGGAAUUCUGUUGUGAAGAAUGCAUGUCCAAAUACACAGUUUUGUUCUAUCAGAUGGCCAAAUGUGAUGGUUGUAAACGGCAGGGUAAACUCAAUGAGUCCUUGAAAUGGCGAGGGGAAAUGAAACACUUUUGUAACCUACUUUGUAUCUUGAUGUUCUGUAAUCAGCAAAGUGUAUGUGACCCACCUUCACAAAACAGUGCAGAAGCAAGAUCUACAAGAGCCUACUCCAGAAACUUUAAAGAAUCCUCUCUAUAUGAAGCAAGUGUUUCCAUGGCUCAAGCUGCUUCAGCAGGGCCCCCAUCUCUGAGAAAAGAUUCAACCCCAGUUAUAGCUAAUGUAGUAUCAUUGGCAAGUGCUCCUGCUGCUCAGCCCACAGUGAAUUCUAACAGUGUCUUACAAGGUGCAGUUCCAACAGUAACAGCAAAAAUCAUUGGAGAUGCAAGUACACAAACAGAUGCCCUGAAACUACCACCUUCCCAACCUCCAAGGCUUUUGAAGAACAAAGCUUUAUUAUGCAAACCCAUCACACAGACUAAAGCCACCUCUUGCAAACCACAUACCCAAAACAAAGAAUGCCAGACAGAAGACAUUCCAAGUCAGCCCCAAAUUAUUGUGGUACCAGUUCCUGUUCCAGUGUUUGUGCCCAUACCCCUUCAUCUUUACACUCAGUAUGCUCCGGUCCCAUUUGGAAUUCCAGUUCCAAUGCCUGUCCCAAUGCUUGUUCCAUCCUCAAUGGAUAAUGAAGAUAAAGUCACUGAGAGUAUUGAAGACAUUAAGGAAAAGCUUCCCACACAUCCGUUUGAAGCUGAUCUUCUUGAGAUGGCAGAAAUGAUUGCAGAAGAUGAAGAGAAGGAGAAGACUCUAUCCCAGGGAGGGUCUCAAACUUCUGAACAGGAACUCUUUCUAGACACCAAGAUAUUUGAAAAAGACCAAGGAAGUACAUACAGUGGUGAUCUUGAAUCAGAGGCAGUAUCCACUCCACAUAGCUGGGAGGAAGAGCUGAAUCAUUAUGCCUUAAAGUCAAAUGCUGUGCAAGAGGCUGAUUCAGAAUUGAAGCAAUUCUCAAAAGGGGAAACUGAACAGGAUCUGGAAGCAGAUUUUCCAUCAGAAUCCUUUGACCCACUUAAUAAAGGACAGGGAAACCAGGCGCGUUCCCGAACAAGACGACGACACAGAGAUGGCUUCCCCCAGCCUAGACGAAGAGGACGGAAGAAGUCUAUAGUGGCUGUGGAGCCUAGGAGUCUAAUUCAAGGAGCCUUUCAAGGGUGCUCAGUGUCUGGGAUGACACUGAAAUACAUGUAUGGGGUAAAUGCCUGGAAGAACUGGGUUCAGUGGAAAAAUGCCAAGGAAGAACAGGGGGAUCUAAAAUGUGGAGGAGUUGAACAUGCCUCAUCUAGCCCAUGUUCCGACCCCUUAGGAAGUGCUCAAGACCAUGCACUCUCUCAAGAAUCCUCAGAGCCAGGUUGUAGAGUCCGCUCUGUCAAGCUGAAGGAAGAUAUUCUGUCCUGCACUUUUGCUGAGUUGAGUUUGGGUUUAUGCCAGUUUAUCCAAGAGGUGCGGAGACCAAAUGGUGAAAAAUAUGAUCCAGACAGUAUCUUAUACUUGUGCCUUGGAAUUCAGCAGUACCUGUUUGAAAAUGGUAGAAUAGAUAAUAUUUUUACUGAGCCCUAUUCCAGAUUUAUGAUUGAACUUACCAAACUCUUGAAAAUAUGGGAACCUACAAUACUUCCUAAUGGUUACAUGUUCUCUCGCAUUGAAGAAGAGCAUUUGUGGGAGUGCAAACAACUGGGCGCCUACUCACCAAUUGUCCUCUUAAACACCCUCCUUUUCUUCAAUACCAAAUACUUUCAACUAAAGAAUGUUACUGAGCACUUGAAGCUUUCCUUUGCCCAUGUGAUGAGACGGACCAGGACACUCAAGUACAGCACCAAGAUGACAUAUCUGAGGUUCUUCCCACCUUUACAGAAGCAGGAAUCAGAACCAGAUAAACUAACUGUUGGCAAGAGGAAACGAAAUGAAGAUGAUGAGGUUCCAGUUGGAGUGGAGAUGGCAGAGAAUACUGACAACCCACUAAGAUGUCCAGUUCGACUUUAUGAGUUUUACCUGUCAAAAUGUUCUGAAAGUGUGAAGCAGAGAAAUGAUGUGUUUUACCUUCAACCUGAGCGCUCCUGUGUCCCGAAUAGCCCCAUGUGGUACUCCACAUUCCCGAUAGACCCUGGGACUCUGGACACCAUGUUAACACGUAUUCUCAUGGUGAGGGAGGUACAUGAAGAACUUGCCAAAGCCAAAUCUGAAGACUCUGAUGUUGAAUUAUCAGAUUAAAAUGGAAGUGAGGUUCCUAUUUUCGUAUACAUUGAUAUGCACCAAACUGUGAAUGCAUCCAGCUGUUGGAAAACGAUGUAUAAGCCUAAGUCCUAUUGACUUGAUUAUAAGAUAAUGGGAAACAGAUGACUCGUGAACCCCACAGUGUGGAUGUACAAAUGAAAAUUGAAGGAAAGAAUAUGAACUGAGAAAUGUUCUUUGACAGUGAUAUAGUUGUUAGACAUCUUCAGAAUGACUAACCAAUUUCUCUGAGUGGUGCAUAAUCUUAUUUUGUUUGGGAAUAACAAAUUGUGGAAUAUUUUUAAGGAAAAUUGUUGUAUAAAACUCUACCAUAGUAACCUUAGACCUUAGAGAGGUAGCUUUGGAGUGAAACCUUGGCUGCAAUAGGCUACUUGGGCAAGCCCUCCAUAAAAGUCAGGGGAGAGAUCAGUACAGAGCAAAGAGUGACAUCAAAUGAGAACUGUGGGACCUAGACUUGAAGACCCAAUAAAAAUGCUCAACUUUUUAAAAAAGAUAGUAAAGUGGUCUUGAUUUUGAUUUUCACUGCCAAGCCAAUUAUGUGAAGGAUAGAAGCCUAUGGUGCUUCUACCAUGGGCCCCUCACAUCAGGGAAAAUGACCUUCACUGCUGUUAACUUAGAAAUGUGUCCCUUUCACCUUCUGGGUCUAGCCUUCUCAGUGGUGGGUCUGGAUGUGGGUAAACUAAAGUAAAGGAGAUGAUAUUCUGCAAGCUAAUUAUGCACACAGAAAAUCUGUGGAGCCUGUUAGAUCCCAAGUGUCUUGAAAUGUUUGUAGAAAACCCACUAAAAUGCCCACUUCUCUGGGUAUAGGCCUUUAUUGCUGCUGUCUCAUAGCCUGAGCUGUGGUACACAGAAAUGGGGGUUCUCCUUUUGUUUUUGUUUUUUCCCCAAUGGCAGCUUUUCUCCCAUUGUUUUACCUUCCUAUUUCCCUAAUAAUUCCUCUUAUUUUGUCUUUUGCAGCAGUUUCUGGAGGCCCUUGUCAUUUAAAAAAAAAUAGUCUCUCUCCUUACUCUGGCAAACCUGUGAGUGAUUCCACAAAGAUACAGUAUUACUUAGCUAUCUGAAUUAUGGUAGAAAAGGUCCUAGUAUGUUCCUAUAUAAAGCAUUUGGAAGAUGACCUUGUUGCCCUAUGAAACUUGAAAAUAGGGAUUCUGGAGUUAGGAUACAAAGACAUUGACUGUCUUGCAUAUCCAUAGAGAGGUCUUCUUAUAGCAUUAUUCCAAACUCUAGCUGUUUUAGUAGUUCUAUGAGGAGUGCAAGUCAUAGGCGUAUGUGGCAUAUCAAUCCAUCUCCCUCAUCUCCAUUCUUUUUUCCCCACAAAAUUGUGAAUCAAAGCUUUUAUGAUGUUGGCCAAUCACAUACCUUCUUUAGCUGAGGUUAAUUUGACCCUAUGAAAAGAUUGAGAGCAGUCAGAAAACCUCUUAGAAAUUUUAAUCUUGAAAGACUUUUCAGUAUGUUCCAUUUUUUAGGUGGGAGUGGCAGGUUUUUUUUUUUGUUUUUUUUUUAACAAAUCAAAGUCAUUUAAGUAAAAUAAAAAUUACAAAGUAGGCCUUUUGACAUUGUGUACUUGCUGGUUCUGUCCCUCUGCCUGUAACAAAUCUCAUUUUUGUUACUAAGAACUGUGUGAUACAAGUAAAUCUGCCCCAAAUUUCUGUAUGAUUAAUUCCAUCUGUUUGUCAUUUCUGACUGGAAAACUUCUUAGUUCAUACCUUGUUUGAUAUGGAGGAAAAAUAAUUGGAUUGUCUGAUAAGUCUGCCAAUAAACUAUCCAGAAACAUCAGGUGUAAUAGUCCCCACUAUACGAAUUUUAUGGUUUGUAUAAACACUAACAAUUUCCCCUUCUGUAGUUGUAUGAAAAACAAAUAUUGUUAGCAUAGUAGAUAAAUUGUUAUAAACUACCAGGAAAAAAUCUGUAUCUUUUAACUGAGAACAGCCAAUACCCAGAUAAAUGACUGUAUCAGGAUUUCAACUGCAUGUUAGUCCACAGAGUUGCCCAGAACCCUAAAUUAAUUCAUAAGAGAAAAUAUGGAUUCAUUAUUGGUCAUUCCUCAUAAGUGUAGCUAUUGAUGUGUGUACAGUUAUUUGCUUUUUUAAUUUUACUAAAAUUGUGUAAAAUUACAUUUUUUUUCCAGGGGAGAAAAAAACAUCAAACAAAAAGAGAAACAUCUAAAUCAUCCUCUCUGUUCUUUUUUGGUUUUUAACCACUUUUGGGUUUUUCCCUUGCAGAAACCACAGAAAUAUUCCCUUAGAAUAAAAUAGUAUAUUUGUAUUUGA